UUUUAUAUUCAUCAGUAAAAGAAAACAGGAAUAAAAAUAUUUUAUAUUCUUAAAAAAACGUUCCAUAUUUCUAAAUACGAACAGCUGUAAUCCUACCACAAGAAUAAUUUCAGAAGAGCCUCAUUGCUAGUUUCAAGAUGGCGGCGCCCUUGCGGUUGGGUCGUGGGAUUUCAGCUUCCUAAACUUUUGAGUUGGCUUGCUUUUAAGGGUUUUACUUGCUCGGCAUAACGAAGGUCAGUCAUGAAGAUCAAGCGGUAUAAGCAUGCUCGGCGCCAUCUGGGAUUCUACAAGAAUGUCUUCAACUUCAGGGAGCCGCACCUGGUCCUGGUCGAUGGCACGUUCACCUGUGUGGCACUCCGCCAUCAGACGAACAUCAAGGAUCAGCUGCCUAAGUACCUGGAUGGCGAAGUGCAGCUGCUGACGACCAAAUGCGCCAUCCUCGAGACCGAGUCCCUCGGUAAAGAGCUCUACGGCGCAGCCAGCAUCUUGAGACGCUACAGAGUGCUGAGCUGCCCUCACCAAGAAGAGCCCGUCGCUGCUGCCGACUGCAUCAAGGGUAUGAUCGGAGACAACAACAGUCAUCACUACUACAUCGCUACCCAGGACCCGGAACUGUCGGAGUGCACACGUGGCGUGCCCGGAACACCACUGCUUUACAUGAAUAUGAAUGCCAUUGUCCUGGAGAAACCAUCCCAGACUUCCCAGGACCAUGCGGUGAAGCUCACCCAGCAGAGGGUGGCAACGGUGGACUACCAGUGGGAUGCCCUCAAGAGACUGACAGGGCCCCAGGAUGGGACGAGAGACGAGAGGAGGCCAAGACGACGACGAGCCAAGGAGCCCAACCCCCUUUCCGUCAAGAAGAAGAAAAAGAAGGCAACGCAGAAGGUUCUCGGAGAGGCAGGGGAGGGGCCACAGAAGGCCAGUAGGCGGAGGAGGCGAAGAAGGUCAAAGCUCACCGCACAUGUCCAAGAACAAUCGCGAAGUUCAGAAGUCAGCUGACAGGAAGGUUGAAAAGUGAAUAAGGUUCAUUAACCUUGAAGAAAGGCGUACAUCGUGUGAAAUUUAGGCCCUCCCAUCACUCUUUGUUUAAACACAGCAUUUGUAGCGGCAGUUAAGUAAAUGUUUAUUGGAAGAAAUAUUCCUCAAGUUCAUAUGUCACUUUAUAACAAAUGCGGACAUGUCACAAUCCCCAUGCUAUUGGUAAUUUACCGUAAAUAUUUUCUCUACAACGACUGCCGCCCCUCGGCCCUAUUUUUGAACCCCUCAUUUUGAAGUGUCCAUCCAGCACCCAAUCUACAACAAGGGGCAAGCACCCACUCUCUCUGGCAAGGGGCCAGACUACAGCACUGGACAUGAGUUCACUGACCCAUCGGGCACCGACCUCCAAGCUGCAGGUGUACUGAACUGGCUGUAUUUAGCAGCAACUUUCUGCACAAUUGAAGACUCGUCUUGUGUUGGAUAAUUUUUCCGUUUUUUUUUCCUGCGAGGAGCCCGCUGUGUGGGAACCGAUUUUGCAUGCCAGCUAGGCAAAGUGUCUCUGCACUGUAAUAUUUAAGCCGGCAGAAUGAAGACACUGCUCUAAAUUAAUGUUUGUUUGCUGUUUUUAUGACUAAUGUUCACGUAUUUAUGAUGAACUUUGAGCAUUUGCCAGUAACUGUACUUAAAGUAAACCCUUUGUUUUCAGGAUGAUUACCUUUUCAGCUUAUUAUUUUGGUUUUAAAUUAUUUUUCUUCUGUCAAAAAUGGGCCAAAGAAGAUCGACAAACAUUGAAUAAAACAGCUCAGAAUGUCAACUCCUUCAAUACUAAGUCGUUCUUUUUAUUGUUAUAUUUCAUCUGAGCUUUUGUUUUCACAUAACCUAUACUUCACUCGUCCAGAUUUUAUCAAAAACAUAAAGGACAGAUUUACUGUUAACAUAUAAAAAAUCCCCCCAAACCAAAAAAUUCCCACAUUUUUCUGUGUACAUUGAUUGCAUUUCACCACCAGAAUCCUACUAAGAAAAAAAUUGAAAUUUCCAGUAAUUCUAUUUUUAAAGUCAAUAAAUUAUUCUUAAAUUAGAGUUUCAUUAACCCUUCCACACAGCUCUACCUACAUGUUAUUUGCCAGAUGUUCACUUUUCUCUGUCUCUUAAAGUGAUAAGUUCCAGUGCUGUAAAAAUUGAAGUCGUGGAAUUUUACAAGUACAAGCCGCUCAAGUAGUCUGCAGUUAUAUUUCCACAUUUUGCUUGCUCACUCAAAAAAUGAAAUUCCGUCGUGAAAAAAGAUCUGUUUGCCUUGUUUUACAUUCAUUUCUAAACUGGAUUGAAAAGAUCCGAAAAUAACAGAGACGGUAGUUCAUGGUCUCUGAAUAUUCGCACAGUAAGCAUAUAUCGCAAAGAAGAGAAGUUUCAGUAGAAAAAUACCCUGUAUCCGUUUCAGGAAGUGCGUUUAAGGAGAAAAAAAAAUCAUAAAGGAGACCGAUAUUGAGAUUAUCACAUUGUGAAAGAAAUAAUGGAAACAAAUCCCCUGCGGGUAUUUUGAAACAAGCGUUAAAAACCGAAUGAAACCCGUUCGAAAUAUUUGCACUUUUUAUCAUCCAAUUGUCGUUUUUAAUCGAUUCCUUGACGAGUAUAACCGAACACUUAAUGAUCGAUAUCUUUAAUAAGUAUCGAUAUCUUGAUAAGUAUCUACAUGUACAACAUUCUGGCAUUAAUGACUACAAGUCACGUGAUACACAUAUUAACAAUGACGCUAUAAAGGUUCCAUCGUUUUUUUUUUCUUCCUAAUAUUCAAGACUGAGAGUAGCACUCGAAGAGAUAUGUAUAGAGAAAGAAAGAAAAAUUCCGAGGAAAAAAAACACUUCGUUUUUAUACAGUUAUCUUUCCGCUUGCUACAUACGAAACAAUGGCGGUGGGUGAUUGUUAGACUAGCCUGCCUAGUCCUCCUGCCAAGUAAUUACUGAUUGUACAUUGUGAGUUAUAAAUGGACCGCACAGGCUAGUCUAGGAUAAAUUAAGUAUUGACUCAACUAAAGACAAUAAUUACGUACAGUACAAUAUUCAUAAUACAUCUGGCUCAACCUCAGUCACUCACACAAAAUACAAAAAUCUCUCGAUUUGAAAAACGAACUAACCUUUAUGAUCGUUUUGUUAUAUUCCAAAGCAUUCGUUUUUGGCAAUGUUUUUCCCCUUUUACUCAUACAUUGCAUGGAUUCGAAAGCGCAGCGCUUUCUUCACAUCAGUCCCUUUUGUGUGUGCUUGAAAAACCUAUUCUAGAUUUAGCUGUACAGUUCAACACAAUAAUCCAUGAAUUCUGUAUUUCUCUUUUUAUACCGGUAGCAAUGGCUUCCGCAUUUCUGGUGUACCUUUCUCAAACAGUACUUAGGCCUAGUUCGCGCGGCAUUUUAAGGUUUUACCUCAAAAGAAGGCGGCAGAAAUCGUCAUAUUGUUCAUACAAAGAGGAAAAAACACCUUACCUCUACAAUUUCUCUGAUAAAGACGGAUGAUAACAGUGUCUCUAGUUACACACGGCUAACGAAAAAAAAACGAAAUCCGCCAUGACACCUCAUUGAAUUUGUUUAAUAGCCAGAGCGCCCCCUAGCGACUUCAUUUGGCGGCAAUGGUCCCUGGAAACCUAUCAGUUGCACAAAUGAUUUAAAAAACAAAAUACGCCUAUGACAAGACUUUACAGUAACCUACUGCUCUUACCAAGAAGUAGGAAGCAACAAUUUGGCAAACGAGAAGUCACCUGAAGACAGCU